AGGUGAAAGUACGGCAUCUUUGAGGCGGGUGGAGGGGUCUUCUGCCCUAUCCUGUUCGUCGCUCUAAGCGCAACCGAGCUUCCGGAUUGGUCGUUGUACUCCCCCUUUCUGUUCAAGGCUUGCCCCCUGCCGCCGUGGGCUUUGGUCCUCAGACCAUGGCCCUGAGAGCGUGUGGCUUGAUCAUCUUCCGAAGACGCCUCAUUCCCACGGUGGACAAACCUGCAAUUGAGUUUCUGCUGCUGCAGGCAUCAGACGGUAUCCAUCACUGGACUCCUCCCAAAGGCCAUGUGGACCCAGGAGAAAAUGACUUGGAAACGGCCUUGCGGGAGACUCAGGAGGAAGCAGGCAUAACAGCAGGCCAGCUGACCAUCAUUGAGGGCUUCAGAAGGGAGCUCAAUUAUGUGGCCAGGGGGAAGCCUAAAACAGUCAUCUACUGGUUGGCCGAGGUGAAGGACUACAAUGUGGAGAUCCGCCUCUCCCAAGAGCACCAAGCCUACCGCUGGCUGGGCCUGGACGAGGCUUGCCAGUUGGCUAAGUUCAAGGAGAUGAAGGCAGCGCUCCAAGAGGGACACCAGUUUCUCUGCUCCACAGCAUCCUGAGCUGACCAGAGCAGAGUCAUACCUCAGUAGGAUCCUUAAGGGCCUUCUGAGAUAAUACUGUCAGCUCUGGGGAAGGUUGUGUGGGUCUUUGGCCCAUCGUAGCGAAGAGCAGAUCAGUUAGUAAAAUCAGCUGAGAACUCUCAGAGGAGAGCAAAAAGUCACAGCUGGGUGAAAAGGAAGGCAGAUGCAGAGUUUAAAAAAAGAAAAAAGUCUAGGCACAGUAAGUGCGUCCUUGUAUUUUAUAAAUAAACUUCGGCAGCUUAUCUGUCCAUCUAA